AUGCCUCCCAAAAAGCACAGAGGAGCGAAAGCUGGUGCGAUCCUGAGUGGUAUCUCACGUGCUGGCCCAGGGGAGGCAGAUAUCGGGAGCAUGGUGCCACAGGAUGCGUCCAACCUCUCCAGAAACCACGGGGAGUUACUUCAAUGCCUAUCCGCCGUCUCAUCCAACAUGCUGGGAAUAUACUGCCACAUGUGCUGCGACGCGAUCCAACCUGGAUUCCAACAUCAGUGCAUCAACUGCUACGCUCUCAUUUGCGAACAGUUCGUUCCUCGAAGCAGCGGUUGCAUUGUUCAUGGAUCUGUAGUGUGCAGCAGGGAGGAGUUCCUGUGCCCUAUUUGUGCAAGGACCGGAAACAAGAAGGAUUCUCCUUUGCCGUACGUGUAUUCUGGCUUUGGGAGGCGAAAAAAAGUGAAGAUGGAAUGGCCGAUGUGCCUCGUGAACCUUAAUGCGGAGUCGUUGGAGGAAGGCUACCUGGUAACGACCACCAAGGUUGAAUUAAUCAAUCACUACAAGUCACAGGCAUCAAAUGUCCGUGGAGCUGACAUUCUUUUUGUUGUCCCCCGCCAAAUGGAAUGCCGUCAGAUUGGGAAGGAUGCCCCUGCAUUGCGUGCCUUCGGCUACGAGUUCAAGAUGUGCGGAACAAGCGGAUGCGAUUCAGGGCUAAAAGGAAUACAGGUCUACAAUCAGAAGGAGAAAAUCCGGGUUCGGUGUACUUCGUGCCACUGGAAGUCUGCGUGGGCAAGGAACGAUGAGGACAACGAGUACUUUAAGAGGGUGAACGCACUCGCCGCGCCUCAAAUAUUCUGGCACCAUUUCCCCCCCUCAAAAGAACUUCAACAGUUCUUCAUCAAACUCAAGCCACGUGAACCAGAAGGAACAAGCAAAGGGAAGAAGGAUGGAGACAAAGAGGGGGGGGAUACCAGAACACCGCAUUUCAGCCGCUGGAAGAUGCGCAGAUGCUAG